AUGGCAGUAACAGAGUUAACACGGCUGGAAAUACAAGGAAUCAUACGGAAAUGUCAGGAGUCCGAAGCAUAUCCGGUUCAUCAAGCAUUAAUGAUUCUCAAAUCAGACGGACUUCGGGCACGUCGGAUACUGAAUCCAGAGAGUUUCAACUCUCACGUCGAAAAGAAGAAUUUCCGCGCAGAGGGUCUAGAAAGACUGGCACAAAUUGCCAGGUCGGGGAAUACAGCUAUGUCCGCUGAUAUAAAGGACGGAUUCUAUGCGUUAGCUGUGGAAAACCCGCGCCUUUGGCAGUUCAGGGAUCACACCGGCCAGCUGUGGUUCUCUCCGGCGUGGUUUAACCUCCUCAUGAACAUAAUGAGGAAGGUCCUACGGACCAAGGGGAUUUGCAUAAUCCUACUGGAGCUCGCAGACGGGAAGGGAUACUGGGUAAAACCAGUACGCAAGCUUCAGCACCUAGGCGUAGUCAUCGACUUACGUAACAACAAGAUCAGGAUGACAGACGAGUUCAAGAAAAAUAAAUACUCCGACUCGGAGCAAUGA